AUGGCAGAGGCAACUUUGGGUCAGGAUCCCUUCUGCUGUUCAAUCUGUCUGGAUGUACUGAAGGAUCCAGUGACUACUGCCUGUGGACACAGUUACUGUAUGGGCUGUAUUAAGGGCUGCUGGGAUCAGGAAGAUCUGAAAGGUGUCUACAGCUGUCCACUGUGCAUGGAAAGCUUCAUCCCAAGACCUGUUUUGAGGAAAAACAUCUUAUUGGUUGAAUUAAUGGAGAAACAGAAGACGACAGGAUUCAAAUCUGCUCCUCCAGCUCUCUGUUAUGCUGGACCUAGAGAUGUGGAGUGUGAUUUCUGCACUAGGAGGAAACUCAAAGCUGUCAAGUCCUGCCUGGUGUGUCUGGCAUCUUACUGUGAGACUCACCUCCAGCCUCACUUUGAAUCCCCUGCCUUUCAGAAGCACAAGCUGGUCAAAGCCUCCACACAACUACAGCAGAAGAUCUGCUCUCAUCAUGACAAACCACUGGAGGUUUACUGCCGUACCGAUCAGCAGUGUAUCUGUUAUCUGUGUACAAUGAAUGAACAUAAAGGCCAUGAUACAGCUGCAGCAGAAAGGACUGAGAAACAGAAACAGUUGGUAGAGAAUCAGCAGAAAUCCCAGCAGAGAAUCCAGCAGAAAGAGAAGGAGAUGCAGGAGCUGAGACAGGCUGUGGUCUCUCUGAAGCUCUCUGCACAGGUAGCGGUGGAGGACAGUGAGAGGAUUUUUACUGAGCUGAUCUGUUCCAUUGAAAGAAGGAACUCUGAGGUGAAGCGGCAGAUAACAGCCCAGGAAAAUGCUGAAGUGAGUCGGGCUAAAAGGCAACUGAAGCAGCUGGAGCAGGAGGUGGCUGAGCUGAGGAGGAGAGAUGCUGAGCUGGAGCAGCUUUCACACACAGAGGAUCACAUCCAUUUCUUCCAGAACAACUAG